GGUCAGGAGUGCACAUGUGAGAGUGAAACUCCAUCUUGGGAGAUCAGAGGUGAGACCACCGUGGCUCUAAAGUGUGCAGACUGUAAACGGCAGCUGGACCUGGUAGUCAGAGGAUCAACGGGGUGUAAAAGGAAAGACUUAGAUCAACUGAGGGGCUUUCAUGGAGAUCACCAAGAAGGGGGAUAAUGGAGAAGAAAACACCGCGGGCCCUGAAGGGGAGAUGACAAAGGAGGAUAUUUCAGAGCCUGCUGAAGGAGACGAUGUCCUGGGCCGCUACACAAGAAAUGCUUCCCAUCAGCGGACGGUUAUCCACCAGGUGGCCUCUGCACCCAUGCCUAGUGACUGCGAGUUUUCCUUCUUUGACCCGUCUGAGCCGCAGUGCAGAGAAAUUCUUCAGGAUCCUAACACCACCAUACCUGAGCUGUUUGCUGUCCUUAGGCAAUGGGUACCCCAGGUUCAGAAAAACAUCGACGUCAUUGGCCUCGAGAUCCUGAAGAGAGGUUGUGGUGUGAACGAUCGAGAUGGUUUGACAGAUAUGAGCCUCCUGCACUACUGUUGUAAGGCCGGGGCCCCUGGAAUUGGAGAUGCAGAAACGGCAGCUGGCUUUGCCCGGCAGCUCCUGGCCUUGGGUGCUGACCCCAACCUUCGCUCACGCUGGACUAACAUGAGGGCGCUGCAUUACGCCGCCUACUUCGACGUGCCCCAGCUCAUCGGUGUGGUGCUACAGGCCUCUCAGCCUGGAGAUGUUGACGCUACAUGCAGUGACUUUGACUUUGGCACAGCCCUUCACAUUGCUGCCUCCAACUUGUGCACAUCAGCUGUCAGAUGUCUGCUGGAGUUUGGAGCUAAUCCAGCUUUCAGGAACGAUAAAGGGCAGUGUCCAGCUGAUGUUGUACCUGACCCUCUGGAUAUGCCCCUGGAGAUGGCAGAUGCAGCCGGCGUGGCCAAAGAGCUCCGGACUCAGCUGAGACAGGCUUUACCCAGACCCAGCUCCCCUCUGCCCCUCACACUGCAAGGCCAGGUCAUCCCUGCUCUCUCUGAUAACGCCAGGAAACAGCUCGCCUCCAUGGGAAUCCGACUCGGGGAUCGUGUGGUGAUAGCCGGACAGAAGAUCGGGACGUUACGAUUCUGCGGCAGCACCGAGUUCUCCGGGGGCCUCUGGGCCGGAGUGGAGCUAGAUAAGCCGGAGGGGAAGAAUGAUGGCUCCGUAGCAGGGGUUCAGUAUUUCACCUGUCGACUCAAACACGGAAUUUUUGCUCCCCUGUCCAAGAUAAGUAAACCCUUGGAAAAACAUAAAUCGAGCUCUACAAAGACUCCUCUCCGCCCCCCUCGUCGCAUUGACGUCUCCCGCGUUACCUCCAAGAUUAACACAGGGUUAUCUUCCUCGCUUAAACAAACACCUGACAGUGAAAAACGUCCACCAGGUCCCAGUCAAAAGACAGAGGACGGCACCUCAGUCAGUCAGACAGGUAUUCUUUCCCGCUCCCUCUCGUCUUCAUCGUCUUCGCUGGACUCUCGUCAUCCACCUGGAGGCCGACCUCAUCCGCUAGUAAGGCAGCGGCUCCCCGCCAGGCAUCUCAAAGAGAACAUCUCCCCGGGUCCCAGGAAGACGCCGCCACCUGCACUGCUCUCCUCAUUCCGCUCCUCAGCUCUUCCCCCUGCAGGUUUCAGAAGUAGAACCCCAUCAGGCAGCAGCUCUUUGUACGACGGCUCCGAGGUGCAGCAGGGGGAGAGGGUGCUGGUGGCGGGGCAGAGAACCGGUGUUGUUCAGUUCUGUGGGAAAACCAGCUUCGCUCCUGGAGUCUGGUUGGGCAUUGAACUGGACAAGCCAAGUGGCAAAAAUGACGGCUCAGUGGGAGGAGUGAGAUACUUCAGCUGUCCUCCAAAACACGGAGUCUUUGCUCCUCCCUCUCGUGUUCAAAGGAUCCACGGUUCAGUCGACUGCCUUUCAGAGCUCACCAGCUCACGCCUCAGUCACCCCGUCAGCGGGACAAUUCGUCGCAGUUUCAGCACUUCAUCAGCCAUCGCCACUCCGAAGGAAGGGAGCAGGAGGAGCCCGGUAACCAGAAGUCGCUCCACCCCUCACCGACGCCGCUGGAGCAACCUGAGCGGUAGCAGUGGAGGACUUCCUGGAAGCACGGCUGGAUCCAGUCCUUCCUCCUGCUCAGAGGCCCAGGCGCGCCUUCACGUGGGCAUGCAGGUCUUCCUGAGCAGCGCCAACGAGAUGGCCUUCAUCCGCUUCUUGGGAACGGCGGACUUUGCCCCGGGGCUCUGGCUCGGUCUGGAGCUCCGAAGCCCGAAGGGCAAGAACGACGGCUCUGUGGGCGGCCGCCGCUACUUCACGUGUCGGCCCGGCUACGGCGUGCUAGUCCGUCCCAGCCGGGUCACCUAUCGCGGCAUCAACGGUUCCCACUUGGUGAAUGAAAAAAGCUGAAGACUACUGGAAACUGAGGAUGGGUGGCAAUACGAUGCUGUCUAAAACUUUUGCAUUUCUAACUUUUGCAUUCUAGUUCUCUGCACCGCGGAGCUUUGCGCUAAAGAAAUAACAGCUUAUUAGUCUUUAAAAGUCUGUAGGAGGCAAAGAGCACUUUAUUAAGAAGAAUCUGUUUUGCAUAAAACUCAGCAAUACUAAUCUGAUUGCACUGACAAGCUUUGCCUUCAUGGAAUUGGAUCAGAUUGACUGUAUGGGUGUUUGCAAAAUGCCUUUGAAAACAAAGAGCUAAUUUUGAUCACAUCAGCUGGGAUUUUAUCAAAUAAUUAUGAUCUAAUUAAAGGUGUCCAUGUGUUUAUGUGAGUGCAUGUUUGUCAGGAGCACUUGGGAACAGGAAAUUAUGAUUGGUUAUAAACAGACAUAAUGGAUGUCAUAUCCGGCUUAUUAUUGGUUAAUAUGAUUAAAAGAUAAGUUGAUCUUCUCCAUCCAUCAGGAUCCAACCACAUCAACAGUUGUUAACGCUAUAGACUGGUAUUUUCCUACAGAUAAAUGAUGCUCUGUUUGGUGGCAUUGCCAAUACUUAACCUAGUUAUGGACGGUCGGUAAUGUUUAAAAUUAACUUUUUAUUUAAUAUCUCUGCUGUGUAUUCUGGGUUUAUACUCCGAUGUGCUGAUAUUGUGGCCAGCAGAGUAAACUACAAACUGAAAGGAGGAAGUUGUGGCAGAUGAAACCUGGAUGUUAGGCUGUCAGACAUACUUUAGUUCUGUCAGUGUUUCCCUACCUUGGUUCUUGAUGCUCUCUAACCUUCAUGCUUUAGAUGUUUCCCUGCACCAAAAUACCUGAUUCAAAGGAAUCAAUUGCCCUAAAUAAUUCCCAUCAGAUUUUAGCCCAAGCUUGCUAAUUAUCCACCAGCCUGCAGAACCCUCAACAAUUAUUAACAGCCCUGGUAAACAUGUCAAUAGCUUUCAAAUAAAAGUAACUUUCAUAGAGUCCCUGAUGCAGCAAUGCCUAAAAGAAAUGUGCCGACUGAUGAUUACAGUCGAGGAGCCUUGACCUUGUCGGAUUGUUUCUCUUCCAAAGGUUCAGGAAAUCUUGUUAAUGCAGGACGUCAGGGUUUAUCUUUAUAGAAUAAAACAAAGAACAUAUAUAUUUUGGUGUGGGCUUUGUUCCCCUGCUUAAUAAAUGCACCCAAAUUAAUAUGUAUUUUAAUGCUUCUUACACAUCUUUUUAUCCAUGGUGCCAAUAAGUGUGCUUUAGACAUGGAAAGAUCUAAUAUAUGCAGGGCUGUUUGUCUUGAGGACCAGGUUUGUGAAACAUGGUUGUAGAAAGAAAUUCGGUGAGCGAAAUGCCGUCCUGGUUGAAAUCUGUUCGCUUAAUCCAAAUCUCUCUACAUCGUGCUACAAUGCCGAAUUCGGAGCAGAUCCUCACUUUUGCAGGCAUGCUGCACUCCCGGCUCAUAGGAAGAAAAUAUGCUGGUUAGCAGAUUUCUAUCAAAAUCUUUAUAUGUAACAUGCUGUAUCCAUAACUGAUGGUAACCUUUCUUCCUUUAUAUAUUUGAUAACUAAGUUUAUUUGAUAACAAAACCCUUAAGCCCUAAAUAUAGGAAAUAAUGCUUAAAAGGGUAUUAAAUGUACACGCAGUAAUAAGCUAAUAUGGAGAGCAAAGGAUAAGUUAGUUUGAGGGAUUAACCAUAGCUCCACACAUCUGUGCAGUGUUCUGGGAUAGAAAUGUUAUUGAGAUAAUGAUUGGUUAUAAAGCUUAAAUAUUGUAGAAUUUUGUCCAGAUUCUAACCUGCUGAGCCGUUUUCACCCAUUAUAAACAAAAUGUGUUACACCAUUACUACAGCUCAUAUCAUGCAAGAUGCAAAAAGAGCAUUGUGUCCACCAUUAUAUUCCAUAAAACGGCACUUAAGAGACGUAUGUGAAAACAGCACUCAAUGGGCCAUAGUAGUACAAGAUGCCUGAUUAAAACAGCUUGACACUAGAACCGUACAAUCAUCAACAGGUUUCAAGGAUAUAAGCUGCCGUCUGAUUAGAGCGUCUGAGCAGCUCGGCUGAGAGCGAUUUGUGCAUGUGGAAAACAAGGCUCCUGUUCAGUAAAACACUCAUGGUCCGUCCAAUUAGAGCGAGCCGGCCACAGCGGCAGCAGCAGAAUCUCCAGUGGCCUUCCCUCAUUGAUCUGUUUUGGUCAGGCCCCAUGUGAUUGAAAAGCUGAAGCCAAGGUUGACUGAAAUGUCUGCAACAGAUGAAUGGAGGGAGGAAAAAAAAAACAAUAACAGUCCUAAAGUUGAAACAUUUCCUUCUACAGUCACAGUAGCUUCUCCUUUACAUUAAAGCCAUCUUUCAUGUAUUUUUUUUCCACUUUUUAUUAUUGUUCAACUAUAUAGGCACUUGGAAAUUUCUGCACUAAUGUAAAGUCUUGAGUGGAUGUGUGACCGAAGGGGUUCAGUCUUAUAAACCUACAUGUUCAAACUCUUCCUUAAAGAAAUAAAAGGUGUUUUAUUAUCUUUC